AUGCAGGCGUCGUUCACGGCGAGGAAGGUGGGGCCCGGGCAAGCCCUGCGCCACAGCCGAGCGUCGGUGCGGGCGCGCGUGACGCUGGACCGGGCGGGCCUGGACGUCGGGAAGAUGGUGCCCAUCGGGGACAGGAUCCUCGUGCGGCCGCGGGAGGCGGAGGAGAAGUCCGCGGGCGGCAUCAUCAUUGCCUCCACUAGCAACAAGGAAAUGCAGGACACGCUGAUCGGGGACGUCGUCGCGGUGGGCCCGGACGUCACCCUCGAACUCAAGAAGGGCGACGUGGUCAUGUUCUCCAAGUUCGGCGGCACCUCGGACCUGGAGGUCGCGGACGGGGAAGUGUGUUUUGUUGCGCAGACGACGGUGCUCGCCAAGCUGUCGUAG